AUGCGUUGGCAGCCCACACGCACUUCUUGCAUCAACCUCAGCAACCAACAAGCAUUGGGCGGCAUGUUGGAUGCAAGUGUUUCUACCAGCACCUUUGGAGGGAAUUUCCGCACGGCUGGCGCCAGCGCGAUCGGAAGCUUCCGUAGCACCACUGGCACAUUUUUUCGCCGGGAUUCCCACAACUCAGCCAGCAGUGGCGACGCACGGGCUGCCGGGCCUGCCGCAGCUCGGGACGCGCGGGAGUUCAGUGAGGCAGGGCGGAAGUCCUUGAUGAGGGUGCCACGGGAGGGCUGUUUCUUGCGUGUGGCCAAUGUCAUGGACAUCUUGCAGCAGGUGCGGACUAUGGUGGGAAUGGUCACCAAUGUCUGGAGCUGGUCUAUGAGAACCAACUCAACAUUCCGCCAGGUGAUGCCUGGGUUGGUCAGGGUCCACGCUGGCUCUGAGACCUUCAUCCUGCAGGGCUUCUUCUUGCAGGACUUGGAUGCUGCGCCCAUCAAUAGCAGUCAGCCGAAAAAUUACGUCAGGGGCCAGCCGCCGGUGACCGAUGUGAACCUAAAGGUGCCCAUCAAGUCCUUCCCGCAGAUCCAAGUGCUCCUGAAGCUACGGUGGCUGCUCAGACUCCACUCCGCUUGCUGCGAGCUAGACUUCAAAAUGUGCUCGUUGAGGAAUAUCAUCUUGGGCAUGCAGUACGUCGUCCUUCAAGCCUGCGCCGAGGCAGAGUGUGACAGCCUCUUCGACACCAAGGUGCAGCAGAACGUGGGCGCACAUCUGCAUGUGGAGAGUCUGGUGGAUGACAUUGCCGACCAGCUUUACCGGUCCAUGGGCAAGGCGCACUGUGCCUUUCUGGAGUAUGUCUCCAGCUGCGAUCCUACACGUAGCGUCCACUACACCCAGAUGAGCCUGAGCCCGCCUCAAGUGCAGCCAAAUGACCAGCUAGCCAUGGCCUUGGACACCGUUUUUGUGGCGAACUUUCUGCGACAGCACCCGCGAGACCAGAAAUGCAACCUGCAGGAGCUUUGCAAUGACUUGGAUGCCCUGGGUAUCCCACUGCCUGAGCUUCCGGCGCUCCGUGGCGCCCGGAACCUCCGGGCCUGGGCCUUGGCAAAGACAAAGCCCAGCCCAGAAAGCCGCGAGCGUGGCCUGGGCGAGGACAUGGAGAAGUUGGCCCAGCUGGACGCAGUUCUCUUGUGUGCUGCCAUCGAGUUGCGCAGCCCGGAGGUGGCCGCCGCACCCGAAGAGGUGCAGGACAACAACUUCAUCGUGAACGUCCCCCAGAACCCUUCCAGCCAGCCUGGGGGAGCGCCGGAGCCCAUCAGCUUUGGCAACACCGGGCGCAAGCCUGGGGUCAGCCCCUCCAACGCCACGGUGCUCUACACGGAAAAGCCACAGCUCUCUCCACUCGUGGUAGAUGCCGCCGUUCACGUCAUCCAGCACCACUUCACCUUCCCUGAUGGUAUCCGUGCGCGACUGCAUCGGCUACUUUUUGAAGAGUAUGGCUUGACGUUGGAGCAGGCUCAGACCGUAGAGAUUGCCCGCACCACGAAUAUCGAUGGCAAGCGGCUCGCGGAGGAUGUGCUGUUUAAUAUCGACCAAAAAGAGAAAGCUCGGCUACGAAAGUACUUUGUGGACACGGGUAAGGAUGUGAGCCACCUGCUUGCGCCGGCGUUGGUGCCUGCGCCAUGGUCGCAGGGCAUGCUGGCCAAGCGCGGGCUCCAAGGGGGCGCGCAGGGACGAGUUGACUUCCUGCCUUGUUCCUCGCAAGCAGCCUGA